AUGCUGCAACGCACUUUAUGCGUCCUUAUGGGCGCCAUUAUAGCGUUUGGCCAUCUCUUGGCAGUUGCCUCUACUAAACAAGUUUCGUUGCGAACAGGCGAUGUCUACUUACGGCCGGACAUUGCGCAAGGCAGCGACUCCCCUGCGAUCGCUGCCCGCAGCGAUGCUUCCACCGCUUCUGCCUUAGGCAUAAGACCUCCCAGGAAGGAACGCGGUUCUCGUAACCUUUUUCUCAUUUCCUACACGGGCAGCGCCAACGCGGGCGCCCUGCGCGCUGCGCUCCAGACGGGAGGUGCCACUCUCCUGUCGUACAUCCCUGAUGAUACGAUGCUCGUCGCUGCCAACCCGUCGCUCAUCUCGAAGGUUUCGAGCGAGCUGGGUGCUCUUGCGGCUGUCCUGGGCCCCGAACACAAGACCUCCCCCGACUGGGAGCCGCUCAUAGCAGCAGCAGCCGCAGCCACCGCCGACAGCAGCAGCAGCGGCAGUAGCAGGGAUGGCGGCAGUGCUUCAGAGCCAGACGAUAGCAGCUCGUCGGAAGCAACUCGUCAGCAGCAACUUCAGUGGGUGAAAGCCGCCCUGGCUCAGACUAGGGCCGCACGCUUUCUGGAAAGUCUUAAACAAUUUAACAGCAGGGGAGUAGCGGCCGCCGCCGGCACAUCAACAGCAGAUCCUUCAUCAGCUGCGGCUGCAGCAGUUGCCCGAUACGGCAUCUUGGUGGAGCUACUGCCGGGGUUGACCUCGGAGGAAAUUGAAAUGGUGAAGGGCGAUUGGCCGGCGGCGCUGGCGGCGGCGUUGGGCCAUGGCGGCGGCGGUGGUGGUGGCGGUGGCGGUGGCGGCGGAGGGUCUCGAAACGUAGCUUCGGAUCCUUGUAGUCCUGUGGUAGAGGUGGAGGUGGCGGCAGCGGUGGCAGGCGGCGGCGGCGGUGGGGCGGCGGCGGAGAGGGAGACCGCCAGCGGUGUCGAGGCAGCUUUUGUGUACCUGUGCGAGCCGGACAUCAUCCCCAGUGUGCGGUGGCUAGUGGGGCAGGAGGUGACCAGGUGGGCGGCGCCGCUCGGAGCUGUGAAGACUGCUAACGUCCGCGCAGGCAUCCUGAUGCAGACAGGUCAACUUAGCUUGACUCAGUUCGCGACGGCGUUGUCGACAGACCGGCAGGCCGCUUGGCCGUACUGGGCCGCCGGACUGGAAGGCCAGGGGGAGAUUGUCGGGCCUCCACCCCCAGUGGCCGAUAGCGGGUUGGAUUUGGAGCAUUGUGCCUUCCAGGACAUCCGUUACAAUGGCUCGUACAGGGCAGCAUUAGCGAAGCCGAACGCUCCCGUACUAGGCAUUGCCACGUACGCCCAGAUCCCGGGGCAUCGCAAGGUAGUGCAGUACGCCCAGUUGGGUAUAGCCGGCGACGAUAUGGACCGUGGUAGCCACGGCACGAUGGUCGCGGGCAGCAUCGGGGGCGCCAUACUGAUGAGGCCGGAAGACCCGUACGGCAGUCAAGUAAAGCUGGACGAGUCUACCGGCGCGGCGCCGAAGGUCAAGCUUAGCAUCGUCGAUGUGCAAGGAGGUGAUGGCGACAGCAGCACCGUGCUAUGGGUGCCCGUCGAUGCAUACAACCUGUAUUUGCCGGCUUUGAUAAGUUCCUAUGGGAGAAUCCCGAUUUCAUUUCCUUUCUGGCUGCUGGCAAUAAUGGUGCGCGAUGAGGGGAGGUAUCUUUGCAUAUUUGUGCAUGCGUUUGUAUGUCUAUUUGUGUGUGCGUGUUACGAAACGGUUGUGUGGGGAAAUACAUAUGCGUACCUGGGCAGACACCAGACGUCUGUCGACGAACUCUUUUCGUUCUACAACUUCCAGGCAAGUGCACGAAACGCGCUGCAGGGGCAGGGGCAGGGGCAGGGGCAGGGGCAGGGGCAGGGGCAGGGGCAGGGGCAGGGGCAGGGGCAGGGGCAGGGGCAGGGGCAGGGGCAGGGGCAGGGGCAGGGGCAGGGGCAGGGGCAGGGGCAGGGGCAGGGGCAGGGGCAGGGGACGCGAUGUCUUAUCGCGUUAUACGGUGCUUUCCCCUGCUUAUGCGAAAAAUGUGGUGGCGGUCGGUGCCGGGUACCGCCUACCAGCCGGCAUGUGGUCCCGGAGCCUGCUCACCACACGAGGUGUACAACGGGAUGGUACAAUGUACGAAAAUCCGAGUGCAGGCAAGGCGUACAUCGCUGCCUCGGGACAUUUAAACGUGGCGCCUGCAUCGGCAUUAAUGAUCAGCAGCAAUAG